GUAGUUGUUUUCGCUGAGCGGUAUUUUGUGGUCACGACCUUGAGCACGAGUAUGUAAUUUAUGUUGCAGAAUGACCAGCGUUGGUCGUCUUAUCGAGUGUGUAGUGCCAGUAAAAUUGAAUCGAAGAUGGAAAAGAAGACUUUGUGCACUCGAGCGGACAUCAACGUUUACAAAUACACUGAAGCUGUUUGUAUACAAUAACGAUGGAACAAUCUGUCGCAGUCAGGACGUUCAUGCGUAUAUACUAGGAGUAGAUUCAAAGCAUGAUGGAACGAUCAUGUUUGUCUGUACGUACAAAUUGCGAUGUAUAUCAUUUGAACACUUUGAAGAGAUGACGAAGUGGGAUGACAUACUUAAAGCGAACUUAACGUGUUCAUACUUCCAUGCUGAUUUAAUUGUUGCUCCUAAAGACAGCCUUCUGCAUAGUUAUGCAUGUCAUAGAAAAAGAUUUCGAAUUACUGUCAAUGGAAUAAGUCAACCAACUGUUUCUCCAAAAAAAUUGUGUUAUGGUGUAUCGAAUACGUCAACUGAUGGCUAUUUACAUGUGACUCGUGAUCGAAUAUGUUUUACCACUGGACCAGGGUGUUCUCAUCCUCGUUUACUGGCUACUUGGACUUUUGAUAAUGAUGAAAUUGUGCAAUGUGGUACUGCGCGCAUUCGAAAUCCUGUAAAUGGAACUUUUAACGACCCUCCAUCGCUGUUCUUUCUAACUGCUUCUCCUGAUCAUCCUGAGGCUCCUGGAUGUCACCUAUUCCUGUCUGAUCGAGCCGGUGAUCUAUGUGAUAUAAUUGAACACACCAACAGAGCUGCAGUUUAUCAAGCAGACUGGAGGCGGUUAACGUGCAUGGCUGCCCUUAUUGAUCCCCCAUUAUCGCCGAAAGAAUAUAAUUUAAACCAAAAUGGCUAUGUUUGUGAUGCAACUAAAUUAAACAUGAGUUUCUCUUGUGCAAAUACGAUUAAAGAUUUUGAAAUUAGCUCUUAUUGCAAAGGUUCAGAUAAAUGUAAUGGUGAUGAAUUUAUUGGUAUGAGCAUGAGAUCAAUACCUCCUGCUGAAUCAAGCUCAAAAAUUGAAGUGGUACAGGUGGGGAUUCAUACUGAUAAUCAGAUUGAUGAAGACUCCAGAAAUACAACGGGAAGAAUUGGUAUAGAUUCACAUCCUGUUUCAUUUUGUGAUCGAAAGAAAUGGGUUGCUAUGCAUCCAAGACGACGUUUCUCUAGUCAUCCUGUAGAAUCUUGUAAUACAGAUAUUGAUUCAUUAACUAGAUGUAAAUAUAACUCAAAAUUACCUUCGAAAUUAAUUAAAAGUAAUGAUAGUCGAGCUUCGGAUACAAUGAAUUCAAAUUCAAGUAAAUCUGAAUCACUUUCUACAGAUCAAUUUGAACCUAAUAAUUAUAUUCCUGACAAAGUGAAAGCACAAUCAUAUAUGUGCUCUAGUCAGGAGAAGUGUAGUCAUUGUCAUUGGAGACGAUCUGAACCAUAUUUAGUGACUUUACCAUCACAACCUUUGGAUAUACAAAAGUUAAAAGAACUUUUGAAUUAUCCCUCCGGUUCAUGUUGCUCUAUGAGUGAGUCUUGCAAUUGUAAUACUCAUUCAUCUCAUUCUCCUAAUAAUCAUGAUUUGGAAAGUAACCAUUUUUCAAAUAGUGGAAUCAUUGAGGAUGAUCGAGAUGGGUGUCAAAAUUGUACAGAUAAACCUAACAAUAAUAAUAAUAGUAAUAAUGAAAACAGCUAUGCCAAUGACCUCUCAUCAAAUUACUGUACACAAAAUGGAAUCCAUAUACAGUCAGGUACUUCGUGCCAUACAACUCAAUGUGAUACAGUUUCAACCCAGAGUAAGCCUUCAAAGACUAAUACGGUUAUAACUGACUCCUCUCACUUAAAGUUAUGCCAUGACAUAACAAAUGAUAACAAUAAAGUAAUAGCUAAUAAUGUCAAUACGCUGUUAAAUACAACUCAACCGGUAUGCGCACAAAAUGUUAAUCAGCCAAUAGUUCCUUCCGUUGUAAAUUCUAAUGUGAUCAAUACAGCUGCUCGCCGACGUAGGCGCCUACCAAGUAGUUGGUCUACUCUAAGUUCAACAUUGAUUGGCAAUACAGAUGUAUCAGGAAAUACCACUAAUGGUCACACGUUGAGUAACAUGUUUACCAAUAAUAGACGCCAAACUCAGUUAAAUCAACGUCAAUCCAAAGGCAAUAGCACUCAUCAUGCUUAUAUCCCAUAUCAAGUUACACCGACUGUUAUUCCAGGAAGCCAAUGUAUAAGAACUCGUCAACAUACUAAUAGCACAUGUGAAAGCACAACAAGUUGCCGUAAUCAAGCAUAUGAUAGUUCAUAUAAUUCUCCUGAUUCUCUAAAUACAUACUGUCAAACAAGUAGUAGAGGAAGUAUUAAGUCUUCUCUUGUUUCUUUAUCGCCUAAUCUUAUACCACUUUGGGCUAAUGCACCUACAUUUGCUAAACCGAGAACUGGUAGACUAUAUGUUUCCAGAGAGGAGGUUUUAGCUCGUAUUGCUGAACAACGGCGACACCUAUCGUCUGUCUCAGAAGUUAAACAUCAAGAAGGUUUUAACAAUCGUUCUCCACCUAAUUCAUCAGAUACUUUGUCUUCUCAUUUCGGGGACAAUUCAAACUGUCCUGGUGGUACAGGAACUAGUUCAAAUAAUUCAACAGAAGGAAAUUCAACCUCCUAUAGUGAACAGAAGUUAUCAAAUAAUCCUGUUCAAUCUAUGGCACCAAAUCAUAAUCCUGUAACAACAAAUGGAUGUAAUUUCGACUUAUCUUCUGAUUCUCUUAUAGUAUGCAAAAAUAAUGCAUCAUUACCUAUUCCAUCUGCAUCGUACAUUAAUAUGCCUCCAAAUCCAAUUAAUUCUGGGUUAAAACCAGCAAAUGAAAAAAAUUCAUCUGUCGUGACUUCAGACGCUCCUGUACAAUCUGUUGAAAGUAGUGAUAUCACUGAUAAGAAACAAAAUAUAGAAGAUACAAGCAAAGUAUUCAGUGGUAGUGAUAGUAUCUUUGAAUUGUCUGAUGGUACACAUGUUGUGCUGGGUAAUCCUGAGACUUAUGUAAACUUGUUGGGUUUACGGAGGAGUGGAUUCACAAUUCUAAACCAUUCAGAAGCGAAAGUCUACUAUAUCAAUCUUUCACCGCCAAAUUUUGAGUCUACAUCCGAUCAUCCAGGUCCUCUUCAGUUAUCCAGUGUGCACGGAUGAGAAUGUCAAAGGAUAGGAUCCAAAAAGUAAAACAGACCUUCAGUAUUCUGAAAUCAGUGUGGAAAUCUACUUCACUCACCAUAAGAAACAAGAUUUGGGUUUUUAACGUUGAUGUCAAGUCAGUUCUUCUAUAUGGUCCAGAGACUUAGCGCGUCACGAAAAGCGUUUCUAAGAGGCUACGACAGACUUUUAUCGACAGCUACCCCUCUCUGGCUACAUUCUGAGUAUCAUAAAAAGAAAGAAUUAGCAACAAGGAACUGCUGCAACGAGGCUAUUCAACAAAUGAACUGAAGGAAAUACAUAUAGUUUGGAUACACAUCGAGGAAGCCGAAACCGCUGGAUGAAGUUGCGUGCCAGUCCUUCUGAUGAGAUGCGAAUGGGAAACGAUGAGUUGGGCGUCGGAGGGUAACAUAGAGGAGAUCGUAAGAGAAGGUAAUGAAAGCUUAUGGCAAAUCGUGGAACCAACCAGAAAGGACUGCAAUGAACGGAAUGAAAUGGGAAUUUGCAGAUGAUGCCCUAUGUUCUACUCGGAACUCAAGGGAAUAAUAAUGUAGUGAACAUUUUGUUUUGUAAAGUAUUCCUGAAAUUGUUUCUUUAUUUUUUUCGCUAUAUGAAAGUUUUUCAAAUCCCUUAAUGAAAACGGAGUUGUUAUUAUUUUGUUGUUCUUUAUUUAUUGUAAUAUGAUAUUGUUUUUUUUAUUAUACCUGAUUAGUUCACAAACAGACUGUCAAGAUCCCAAUUUGUCACAGUAUCAACGUUCUGUGAUUCCAAAAAGCCUUUCACUACCACGCGUUCCACCCUCUGUACCAAUCCUACCAGCUUCACUCUUUGACAGACCACCACCACCACUACGAUUAGUAACACCGAAUAACGUCACUUCUAAAAUUCCACAGUUACACUAUGCUCAUCUUAUGUUGCCUGAUAAUCCAAGUGACUGUUUCACAAUUGGUGCACGCCAUGAUAAAAAGGCUACUCAACCUUCAGAGAAAAAAGACAGUAGUUGUGAAAACGUACAUUCAGUUCAAUCGUUGCCACCUGCAAUAUCUUCUCAUUCAAUUCCUUCUGAGACAAAUGAAUUUCUCAACUGUAAUUGUAACCAACUUAGUGACCAGAAUGGAGAUUUUUGUUCGCAGGAAGUAAAUUAUGUCACUAUAGAUAUGCGACAGACCAAAGCACUUUCUGAGCUGGAACAAGAACUACGCAUCAGUGGUGAACCGAUGCGCAAUUCUGGUCUGCAUAGACUAUGGUCGGAAAAUCAUCGUUAUGAUCAGAUAAAAUGUGCUAAUACAAAAAGUGGUAAUAAAAUCUCUGAAUUACGCAAACAUUUUACAAUAUCAUGGAAUCUUCCAAACUAUAUCGUCAAAAGAAAAGAAGAAACAACAUGUGGAAUAACGAAUUUAAACAGAAAUAAACAAAAUCAAGAAAAUGUAUCUUCUUCAUUAACUAGUCGUUUUUUAAAUCGUAUCAUUCAUUCAUUCCAUCUUCGAUCGCAUAAUCAUCACUGAUUAUCAUGAUUAAUCCAUUUCACAUCAGCAUCUUUAUGAUUGAUUGCACAUCACACAUACAGAGGAUCUUGACAAAUUGAUCAACAACCGGUUAAACUUAUUAGAAAAUAUCUUUUUCCUCUUUUUUAAUCACCGAUGAAAUGCAUCACUUUUAAACAGUACUAAUGUUGUAUAAAAAUAUUACUUUUAUAUUAUGAUUAUAAUUCAUUAGUUUGUUAUUGGUAGCUCUAUAUAAUACUUGUGACAGAAUGUCUCACAUUAUUAUUAUGCAAUCUCCUAUUUUUGUUAUACCAGUACAAUAUAUGGUUAACAGCUACUAUAACAUCUUUUGUAAAUGAAUGAAUGAAUAAAUAAGUGUAUCAAUAUCUCAUAUAUAGUUGCACAAGUAUACCAGAUUUUUGUAACUUACUAUCAUUAUUCUUAUUAUUACUUUUAAUUUUCUUUCUUUUUUUCGUUUCUCUCUUUAUUUAAAGAGUGUUUUACUUGUAUGUACAUAAACUGAUUGAUUAAUGAGCUUAGGCAUAGGGUGGUAUGUUUCCUCAGCUUUAAAGAAUACCAUGUUAUGGAAUGAAACGUUUACACUGGCAAUAUGCGCGUACACAUAUAUAUGUAUGUAUUCUUUGUAUAUUAUUUUCUUUUCCGAUUGAUUAGGUUUUACUAAAAAGUAAACAAUGCAUUCAUUUACGCCAUAUAUUUAUUUCCUAUCAAUUUGGUUUGUACUGAUUUUCACUAAUCUACUUUUUUUUCUUCUCUUGUUUGAGUUUAGUGCCUUGUUUUAUUUUUCAUAAUAAAAAGAAUUAUUACUGUAA